CAAUGCGUUUGUCAAAAUGGAUUUAUGUAUGCACUUGAAGUACGCGUACAGGAGAGGAAGAAUUUUGGAUGCAUUGAUAACGACGAAUGUGCCCUAGUACCUCAUCUUUGUAGUCAGCAUCAAGGAACUGGAAAAUGUGUGAAUACUCCUGGUUCCUACUAUUGUAACUGCUCCAGUGGAUUUUCGGCUACUCCCGCGCAAAAUGGCACGUUAUGCAAAGCGGCGUCACAACUUCCAAUCCAAUUGAGCACAAAAUAUCCGUUGAACACCACCAUAGCCACAGCAACAUCUGCAACAUCUCACGUAAUGACGCAAAUGACGAUUUCGUCAUCAGGAAAAGUGCAGAACGGCAAGGCGGUUCUUGUGGCUCUGUCAACUAUUUGUGUAACCCUGAUAGGUUUGUUGGUGGCGCUGCUCCUCCGGAAGAGAGAGAAAAUAUUGAAACUACUUAGACGCAGCUUAACCGCUCGACGGGCCACGACAGCUGGGGAUGGACCUGUUGAUACGUUUCAGGCAGACCGUGCAGAGGUGGAGAUGCCGUCCCCGCAGCGCAAUCACACGCACCGCACAUCCACAGGGAGAGGAGACCAACAAGCUAGAGCUGCCAUUGAGAUUGACCGAAGUGAUUACCAUGAGUAUGACCUUGCCAUGAGCUCAAGCACUGGAUCUGUUCCCCCUACAGAGAUGCCCUCACAGGCCCCGAAUCGAAUUGAAAAUGACUACAUACUCGAAGGAUUGCCAAACGAAUACGCUAGUGUUCCUGACCAAAUGGAGCAGAAUGUAGAGUAUGCCUAUGCCAUUGCCACUGCUCCAGACAGGAAAUGUGAUGAUCACACGGGUAGAUGUGCGGGCGCUGUAUCAAUCGGCAUAGUGGAGAGUACAGAUGGUUAUGGCUACGCUUUAGCCACGGCUCGCACUUCCAUGCACAAGAUCAGGACCACACCAUGCAGCUCGGGAUCCAUAUCUGAUCAGAUGCAAGUGGCUAACACCCCAGCUGCAGAUCGAAGACCAAUGGCGACUAGAAAAGAUUCCAAACCUAACUACUUACCUGGAGCGGAUAGACCUCCUGUCAAUAAUGCUCUCCUUGGCAUACCACCUCCACUGUCCGAUGAGUCCUAUCGCGUGACAGGUUCGGAGCAGAGCGGAAGCAGGUUUUCUAAGGCGAGAGAAAAGGCACCAGGGACUCCAUCAGACUAUCUUUCUCCCUCCGACUGUCUGUUACCCUAGCUAUUCAACGAAGUAUAACCAAGUGAGAAUUCAAGUCGGCAGGAAAACCGCGAGCUCCCCUGUAGGGAGCAACACACUCUUCCCCAACUAUCGCCGAUAUCGUACCAACAUCUUCUUCACAUUAUAACCAACGUUUAGCACAUCUUCCAGCCUUUCAAUACUAUUUUCUCGCGACCAAUUACUUUCCUUUCACUUUAAUUUAGCACUCAGCGACCGAACUCGCAUUACAGGAAACACAUAAGGCAACAAGGGAAGCAGAAACGAACAGGAUUCAUGAGUGUGCAUGCGUUCUUGUAUGUGUGAACCAGUAUGUGUGAGUGAGCUGUGUGCCUAGAGCCAUGAGCACUGUUUCUACAACUGCUCCAUCACUUCAAAGUUAAUAAUAUUAUGCAUAGCUCUAUGAACGGAUAGUAGGUUUCCUGUGAAGGUCGGUAAGACGUACGGUGCAUUUUGACCCUUCCAGACACUUAAAACUACCAAGUAGUGCUUUCCAAGACUUUGAAGACUUCAUAUUUUCCACCUGAUUUCUUGUCUUUAUCUUUGAUCUCAGCUACUGCAUACAACCCGCUCGAAUCGAGCGUAAAUACAUGUAUGU